AUGUCCGAAUACCAGUACUCUGACAUAAUAUUUGAUAUCAAGGGCAAGAUUGGGAUCAUCCAGUUCAAUCGCCCUAAAAGUCUUAAUUCGUUCGGUGGAAACCUCAUUGUCGAUACUCUCCACGCUCUACGCGUACUCGACAAUCAUCCUGAUACAGUCGUGACCGUCAUCACGGCGGUAGGCCGGUUCUUUUCGUCAGGGGCAGAUGUGAAAGCUGAGGCGAGUCAAUGCACGCCUGACUACGAUUCUGACGCGGUGAAGAAGCUCGGCGUUCUCCAAAAGAUCAAUCCGUCUAUUCAGUUGAUUAGCUCGAUGAUACAGCACCGCAAAGUCCUUGUGCUCGCGAUGAAUGGGCCUGCGGUCGGUGGAGGUGCUGCCUGGUUUCAAGGCGUGGCGGACAUUGUUCUGGCGUCGACCACAACUUGGCUACAGUGUCCGUUCUCUGCUCUCGCCCUGGUUCCCGAAUUCGGAUCUGCAUCUACUUUCCCCCAGAGUAUUGGAGUGCAUCGGGCAAACGAUAUCCUGAUGUUUGGACGCAAGGUCUCUGUGGACGAGCUACUGCAGUGGGGCAUGGUCAAUCGAGUGAUUGACCACGAGGGAUUUCACGCCGAGGUGGUGCGCUAUUUGCAGGAACAGCUAGAGAUCAACGAUGGAAAAUCAAUGAUGGAGCACAAGAGAUUGAUGAACGCCCCUUUAAGGAGCAGAAGGCUACUAGCUCUGUACGAAGCAGCCGAUGCAGUGGCUGAGAGGUUUGUUGAGGGUGCACCAGCACAACGCUUUGCAGAAAAGAGUCGACUUCUGAAUGGUAAAAAAUGCCUUGAAAGAACCUUUAUCGACCAAUGGCUGAUUGGUGACACAGAAAAGUCAGAGAGGUGGUCGAAGCUUUAG